AGUCUGUGUGUGUGUCAAAUGUGAUGACCAAGCCGAAGUGCGGAGUUAUGGAGAGAGAGACGAAAGUAUAGAGAAAGUGGUCAGAAAAUGAAUAGUAUCUAGUCUGUAUGUAUGGAAUACAGUGUCAAUAUAGCUUGAAGAACGUGAAUAAACGGAGGUUCUUCCCACGGCACACGAACGCCUCGUUUCCAUCCUUUUCCCCCUCGAAAUGUCUGGGCAGCUGGUUACCGGCUGACAACGAGCCAAGUCAGAAACCACCGGUGUGUAUUUGAAACUAUGGUUUCGGUACCGAGAUACCGUUAAUAGUAAAAAGGUAACACUGUGGAUUUACAUCAACUUCUCUCCCUUCCUGUUCUCUGUGGGGACUUCCUGUCAGAAGUUACUUUCACUUUGUUCCCGUUGUGACGCAGAAGUUUUCCUCCUCGUGUAUUAGGAUGCAGCACGAGAGACCUGAACCUGGACCUGAACCUGGACCUGAACCUGGACCUGAACCUGAAGAUGGACCUGGAUCCAGCUGUGCGUCCAUAAAGAGUGACUGGUCUAUGGAUAAUCCUUUUAACUUUAAAUCUGGACGUCCUGCAGAGGGAAGAGUUCUGCCGGAGUUCUUAGAGGUUCCCAGUGAUCAGUCUCCCCCGAAGCAUCACACAGACCUGGACUCCAUAUUUAUGCUGCUGGAGGAGAACAUCGUCACUUUUGUGAAGAACGAGCUGAAGAAGAUACAGAAGGCUCUGAGUUCAGAUUACCCAGAAGGCUUAGAGAGUCAGAGGGAGGAUGAGGAGGUGUUGGACGAUGAGGAUGAAGAGCAGAGGAGGAGCAGAGAGGCAUUUCUGAACAUCACACUGCACUUCCUGAGGAGCAUGAAGCAGGAGGAGCUGGCUUACCGUCUGCAGAGCAGAACUCCUGCUGCAGUGUGCAGUAAACUCAAAUCCACCCUAAAGGAGAAGUUCCAGUGUGUGUUUGAGGGCAUUGCUAAAGCAGGAAACCCAACCCUCCUGAACCAGAUCUACACAGAGCUCUACAUCACAGAGGGGGGGUCUGCAGAGGUCAACAAGGAACAUGAGGUCAGACAGAUUGAAAAAGCAUCCAGGAAACCAAACAGACCAGAAACAACCAUCAGACAAGAAGACCUCUUUAAAGCCUCACCUGGAAGAGAUGCACCAAUCAGAGUGAUGACAAAGGGAGUGGCUGGCAUUGGGAAAACAUUCUUAACACAGAAGUUCACUCUGGACUGGGCUGAAGGCAAAGCCAACCAGGACUUCCAGUUCAUAUUUCCAUUCACCUUCAGAGAGCUGAACGUGGUGAGAGAGAACAAGUACAGCUUGGUGGAACUUGUUCAUCACUUCUUCACUGAAACCAGAGACGCAGGAAUCUGCAGCUUUGAUCAGUUCCCGGUUGUGUUCAUCUUUGACGGUCUGGAUGAGUGUCGACCUCCUCUGGACUUCCACAACACUGAGAUCCUGACUGAUGUCACAGAGUCCACCUCAGUGGAUGUGCUGCUGACAAACCUCAUCAGGGGAAAGCUGCUUCCCUCUGCUCGCCUCUGGAUAACCACACGACCUGCAGCAGCCAAUCAGAUCCCUCCUGAGUGUGUGGACAUGGUGACAGAGGUCAGAGGGUUCACUGACCCACAGAAGGAGGAUUACUUCAGGAAGAGAUUCAGAGUUCAGAAGCAGGCCGGCACCAUCAUCUCCCACAUCAAGAGAUCACGAAGCCUCCACAUCAUGUGCCACAUCCCAGUCUUCUGCUGGAUCUCUGCUACAGUUCUGGAGGAGGUGUUGAAAACCGGAGAGGGAGGAGAGCUGCCCAAGACCCUGACUGAGAUGUACAUCCACUUCCUGGUGGUUCAGUCCAAAGUGAAGAACAUCAAGUAUGAUGGAGGAGCUGAGACAGAUUCACACUGGAGUCCAGAGAGCACGGAGAUGAUGGAGUCUCUGGGAAAACUGGCUUUUGAGCAGCUGCUGAAAGGCAACCUGAUCUUCUAUGAGUCCGACCUGACAGAGUGCGGCAUCGAUAUCACAGCAGCCUCAGUGUACUCAGGAGUGUUCACACAGGUCUUUAGAGAGGAGAGAGGACUGUACCAUGACAAGGUGUUCUGCUUCAUCCAUCUGAGUAUUCAGGAGUUUCUGGCUGCUCUUCAUGUCCAUCUGACCUUCAUCACCUCUGGAGUCAACCUGCUGUCAGAAGAACCAACAACCUCCCAGCAGUGUGAGGUCAAACCUAAACUAACAUAUUUCUACCAGAGUGCUGUGGACCAGGCCUUACAGAGUCCAAACGGACACCUGGACUUGUUCCUUCGCUUCCUCCUGGGUCUUUCUCUGCAGACCAAUCAGAAACUCCUACUUGGUCUGCUGACACAGACAGAAAGUAGCGCAGAGAUCAACCAGGAUACAGUCCAGUACAUCAAGAAGAACAUUGAAGAGGAUCUGUCUCCAGAGAGAAGCAUCAACCUGUUCCACUGUCUGAAUGAACUGAAUGAUUGUUUUCUAGUGGAGCAGAUCCAACAGUACCUGAGUUCAGGACGUCUCUCUGAAGAAAAACUGUCUCCUGCUCAGUGGUCAGCUCUGGUCUUCAUCUUACUGUCAUCAGGAAAAGAUCUGGAGGUGUUUGACCUGCAGAAAUACUGUGCUUCAGAGGAGGCUCUUCUGGGGCUGCUGCCAGUGGUCAAAGCCUCCAACAAAGCUAUACUGAGUGGCUGUAACCUGUCAGAGAGAAGCUGUGAAGCUCUGUCCUCGGUCCUCAGCUCCCAGUCCUCUAGUCUGAGAGAGCUGGACCUGAGUACCAACGACCUGCAGGAUUCAGGAGUGAAGCUCCUGUCUGCUGGACUGGAGAGUCCACACUGUGAACUGCAGACUCUCAGUCUGGCAGGCUGUCUGGUCACAGAGGAAGGCUGUGUUUCUCUGGCUUCAGCUCUGAGCUCCAACCCCUCCCAUAUGAGAGAGCUGGACCUGAGCUACAAUUAUCCAGGAGACUCAGGAGAGCAGCUGCUGUCUGCUGGAUGUGAGGAUCCAGACUGGAGACUGGAGACACUCAGGAUGGACCAUGGUGGACUGCAGUGGUUGAAACCUGGCCUGAGGAAGUAUGCCUGUGAACUGGAGCUGGACACAAACACAGUACACAGGACACUCAAACUGUCUGACAACAACAGGACGGUGACACAUGUGGAGGAGGAGCACUCAUAUCCUGAUCAUCCAGAGAGAUUUGGCUACUGGCCUGAGCUGAUGGGUAGAGAAGCUCUGACUGGUCGCUGUUACUGGGAGGUCAAGUGGAGCGGAAGGGUUGAUAUAGCAGUGACUUACAGAGGAAUCAGCAGGAAAGGAGUCAGUGAGGACUGUGCGUUUGGAAGGAAUGAUCAGUCCUGGAGUCUGAGAUGCUCUGAUGAUGGUCGUCACUAUGUCUGGCACAAUAACAGCAUAACAACCAUCACCUCCUCCUCCUCCUCCUCCUUCUCAUCCUCAUCCUCCUCAUCCUCCUCCUCCCCCCCGUCCUCUGGAAGAGUAGCAGUGUAUGUGGAUUAUCCUGCUGGCUCUCUCUCCUUCUACAGAAUCUCCUCUGACACACUGAUCCACAUCCACACCUUCAGAACCACAUUCACUGAACCUCUCUAUGCUGGGUUUACGCUCCCUUCUGAUGGUUGCUCAGUGGCUCUGGUUCCUCUGCAGGUCUGAGAGCAGCCGCGGCGUUAUGGGUAGGGAUGGGUACCAAGCCCCGGUAUUAAACGGGCCCCGGAGCUGAAUUAUUAAAGACCGUGGUACCGUUAAGCUCCGACGUUAUCUGUCUUUUUAUCGGUAAGGGAGACAUCUAAUAUAUCUCAUAUGCAGGGGCGGAUCUACGGGGGGCAAGGGGGGCAGCUGCCCCCCCCCCCCCCACUGUAGAGCUUUGCCCCCCAGCUG